ACAACAAGCCAUCAAACCAAAUACGGAUAAAGCCCCAAAAUUGUUCUAGAAAUGUAAUGUUGGUUUUCAUAUUUGGUUUUAUAUGAGCUUUUUGUGAGUUGGACUCUUGAUUGUUCUGGUCAUCUCGAUGUGAGUUGGAAUGAUGAUUAAUGAUAACUUAUGGUGAUCCUACAGUGAAUCAACAUGUGUACAAGCUGCGGGAAGUCGAACUAUACAACAUACGAGUUUAAGCCUCCUAUUAGGAGUUUGCAGGAGCCAGGAAAUGAAAGUCAGGGGAGUGGAAAUAGCCAUAUUGCACGAAAGGGAAUGUCCAAGAUAAAUCCCGACGGGUGGAGCUUGGUGUACACAAAAGUUGUACACAAUAGUCUGCCACAGACAACUCAUCUCCGGACAUACAAUUUAUUUGCACUGGACAGACACGUGUACAACUUUUGUGUACACCAAACAUUUUUCAAAUCCCGAUUCGGAUUGCAAUGUGACUGUUUGUGAAUGGGUAUUGUUUUAUUUUUCUCACUUAUGUAUGAGUAAAUAAAUAACUUAUUACUACGUAUUACUCCGUAUACUAAACGGGGUAUGUUAUCGGUACUUUUUAAAACUUAUUCCGAUUUGUCGUCCUAACAUCUAAUAUUUC